AUGGCCAUCCCUGACGACCUCUGGGAGGAGCUCUCCAAAGACCUCCCCGCCAAGUCGGAUCCCUUCCUGCAGCAGUAUCUGGCGGGCCGCGAGAGGCUCAUCGGCAAGGAAAAGGAAACCAGGUCAGAUGCCUCGUUCCGCAAGGCCCUGACGCCCAUCGCGCGGCGCGCCUGCGCCAUUGUCGACCGCAUCCGCGCCCAGGAGCAGGCCGCCGUCUGGACGCCCAGCGUCGAGGAGCAGCUGGCCCGCGAGACCAGGCAGAGCAUCUUCCCCGGCAUGAUGUUCAUGCUGGCCAAGGACCGCAUGGAGCAGACCAAGCUGUGGAAGAUUGUGCGCCGCAUGCCCAAGGGGUGUCUGCUGCACGCCCACAUGGACGCCAUGGUCGACUUUGACUUUAUCCUGGACCAGCUUCUCAAGACGCCGGGGAUGCACAUGUCCAGCGACGUGUCGUUGAAAACUCACGAGGCGAGGGAGAAUGCCAUUGUCCGCUUCAGGUUCAGGGCCAAGGAGCUUGUAAACGGAUCCAUAUGGCACGAGGCGUACGAGCCGGGCUCCUUUCUGCUGCUCACCAAGGUGGCCGAUGAGUUUCCAGAGGGAGGGCGGCCGGGCUUCCUCAAGUGGCUCAAGAGCCGCUGCACGCUUUCACUCGUCGACAGCCAUGAGCAGCACCACGGCAUCGACGCCAUCUGGGAGAAGUUUGCCAAGUGCUUUGUUGUUGUUGCCACCAUGAUACACUAUGAGCCCAUGUUCCGUGCCUUUUUGCGUCAUUUGAUGGGCCUUCUCAAAGCAGAUGGAGUCAACUGGGCUGAACUCCGGUUUACAUGGCCGCUGGACUAUUGCCGUGACCGCUGUGAAGAGCCCGAAAUAGACUACAGCCACAUGUGCAGGGUCAUCGAGGAGGAAGUUGCCAAGUUCCAGGCCACAGAGGAGGGCAAAGGCUUCUGGGGCCUCGCCCUGAUCUGGACAACGCUCCGCAGUUUCGAGACGCGCCGCAUCAUCGAAAACAUGGACCACUGCAUCACGACCAAGAUGGAGUUCCCCCAGCUCAUCGCGGGAUACGACCUCGUGGGGCCCGAAGACCUGGGCAAGCCUCUGACCGACCUGCUGCCCGAGCUCUUCUGGUUCCGGAAGCAGUGUGCGCAGGAGGGCGUCAACCUGCCCUUUUACUUCCACGCCGGCGAGACGCUCGGGGACGGCUCCAGCACGGACAACAACCUGUUUGACGCCAUCCUGCUCGGCACGCGCCGCAUCGGCCACGGCUUCAGCCUGUACAAGCACCCGCUGCUCAUCGACAUGGUCAAGGACAAGCGCAUCCUCAUCGAGUCGUGCCCCAUCUCAAACGAGGUCCUCCGUCUCUGCGGAUCCGUCACCGCCCAUCCCUUGCCCGCCCUUCUGGCCCGCGGCGUUCCGUGCAGUCUCUGCAACGACGACCCGGCGAUGCUGGGCCAGGACACCGCCGGCAUGUCUCACGACUUCUGGCAGGCUCUUCAGGGCUGGGGCAACCUGGGCCUGGCUGGUCUGGGCAGCCUGGCGGAAAACAGCGUUCGAUGGUCUACUUUUGAGGAUCAGAACCAGGACGAGUGGGCAAAGGGAAUCAAGGAGGCGAGUCUCGGCAGCGGCAUCAAGGCAGAGCGGCUGAAGGAGUGGCAGGUGGAGUGGGAGAAGUUUUGUCUCUGGAUUGUGACUGAGUUUGGAGAGGAGUAUGACCCUGGGGAGAACGUGUAA